AUGGGGGGCAACCCUAAUGGUGACCCAGCUCUCUUGGUCCAUGGUCGUCAGGACAGUGCUGCUACCUUUAUCCCCAUCUUAGAGUAUUUGCCUGAUAACUGCUAUUAUGUUGCCCUCGACUUACCUGGACAUGGAAUGUCUGAUCCUUUGCCGAUAAGUCUCUUCUACAAUGCUAUAUAUCCUAAUAAGAUAAAGAAGUUCAUAUUCUUCGAUCCACUACCGUCUUUGCAGAGGUUGCAGCACACUGACCCUGUGCAAUAUUACAACAUGUUUUAUGCAGAAUAUUACGAGCAUUACAACGAGAACAAUCAGAACAACCGGUUCUUGAGUAAGGAGAAAGCUAUGGAAUCUGUGAUGAGAGCCAGGGGACUGAGUGCAAGCCAAGCUGAGAUAGUGCUGAGUAGAAAUUUGAAGAAAGUCGGAGAUAAUUUAUAUAGAUUAUCCUGGGAUCGUCGCUUAAAAUACCCUGCGCCCCAGAACUUCCCAAUCGACUACUAUUACCAGUUGUUCUCGAACAUUCCACCGACCCUCAUUAUAUCGGCUACAAAAGCCAAAGGCUACAGCGAAAGAGCAGCAGCAGUAGACGAGUUAGUCGACAGGUUGAAAACCACUGGCAAUUUAACACUUGAAACUGUUGAAGGAAACCAUGAUGUGCAUCUUGUUAGGCCUGAUGCUGUUGCUGAGAAACUGUUGCCCUUUUUAAAAGCGGACCAUUUGAAAAAAUACAGCACGUUGGUUAUACAGAACUGUCAUAUUACUCUAAUUAAUGUUAUACCGUAUGUAGAGGUACCCAAGCCGUGCCGCGACGACAACGCCACCAACGGAAGAACGAAGCAAACUUCCGCUCCCGCGCGGUCAUAUAAUAAUCUGCGCCGGCAUAUGCUUGCAAGCUUCAUCGACACUUUUCUUCCAUCCAUCAAUCCAUCUUCAUCAAUCAAGAGGAUCACUUCUCAGCGAUCCCUUCCGGGAUCUCCGUCCCCUUUGGACGAUGACUUCUCAAGGUCAUCCGAUACCGAUAACACUGUCAUCGCUACCCUCCGGAGGCAAUACCAGCGAGUGAGCCACUCUCCGCCCACUUUGAAAGCCGUGACACAAUCCCUUCGUACUAUUACCCCGCCCCCUUCCCGGCCGCAUGCGACCCCAAGCCGGGAAAAUCCAAAUCUCCCCCGCCCGUCUUCGUAUGGGACAAGGCGAGAUGGGCAGAGGUCUCCAGCCUCUGCUCAUCCAAUAAAAUCAAUUAUACCCAUGCCAAAAACGGGUACAGCUGUCCGGGUGGAAACACGCACUAGUGAGGACUUCAGAGCCCUCACUAGACUGCGUAACGUACCUUACGAACUUCCUGUCGACCAGAACCAAGAGAAUCUUUGCGAACAAGACUUCUCCGUGAAGUCUGUUCACAAAAUACACAACAGAGCCAGGAGGCCUUUCCCUCUGGCUCUGUUGAUCCUUCAAAAUGUUCCCUCAGCGCGUGACAUUUUCAAUGCCCUUAUGCCGUCGACCACGACCCCGACACAUUAG